AUGAACCGGCUCAACGUACUUCUCGUGCUCUGCGCACUCAUCAUAUCAGUACUUGCAGCUUCACCUCCUUCCUUCUGCAAAUGUACCUGUUUCAGUAACAGCACCAUCAUCCCUCUCUCCACGCAUGAUACAACAUCCACCCCCCCAUCCAACAAGGCUCAGACUGGGGGAUCCGCUACUACAUGCGCAGGUUGCAAUAAAGCGUUUUGCCUGGAUCAGCGACUCCCAAUCUGCAAAGAUGCUACGGAUAAAGAUGUAUUCACUACGUGUUUCCAGAGAGAUAGUAGGAAGGACCAGAUUGUUGUAUUGACAUUUAUUGCUACAACUGUUGGAUUACUUGGCUGGGCUGCGGUGAGGAAAAUACUCGAGAAGAGAAAGGAAGGCGCCAACCGUAUAGGAGAUACCCAACAAGGUUAUAUUCCUGUAGGCGGGCAAUGA